AUAAACUUAUAUUACUUAGUACUAUAUAUUAUUUUAUUAAUCUUUACGAAAUACUUAUGCACAUAAUGUUUUACUCAUAAAGGUGCUUGAAAAGUGUACCAGACAGGCUCCCCCCACCUCACCUAUUGUCCAGAAAUCUCCAUUCUUCAAAACUGCUUCCUCUCUUCUGCUUUCCUCUCUCUUUUUUUUCUUCCCUUGGCCUCACACUGGAGUACCCUCUGCUAUUCCCUCCAAAUUCCAUCACAGAAAUUUCUCUUAUACCCUCUCAACAUCCAUCAUCACCAUCAUCAAUCAUGACUCUUGUGAUGUAUUUUGUGCUUUUUCUUGCCUUCACUGGCCAUUCAAGUGCUCUUUACUGUGUAUGUAAAGAUGGUGUGGGUGAUCAAGCUCUUCAGAAAGCUAUAGAUUAUGCAUGUGGUGCAGGAGCUGAUUGUUCCCCUAUUAUUCAAAAUGGAGCAUGUUACCAACCUAACACUGUGAAGGAUCACUGCAACUAUGCUGUUAAUAGCUAUUUCCAGAGAAAGGGUCAGGCUCAGGGAAGCUGUGAUUUUGCUGGUGCUGCCACCCAAAGCCAAAAUCCACCUACUUCAGCAUCCACAUGUGUAUAUCCUUCAAGCCCUGGCAAUGCAGGAACAGGCACCACAGGAACCCCAACAACCACUACACCAACAACAGGCACACCAUCCACCUUGACUCCAACCACUCCCACUGGUACAGGCACCGGCACUGGUACAGGCAGCACCACCACAGGUAACCCUAAUGUGUUUGGAAUUAGUCCAACAUCUUCAACUGGAACAAGCAUCACUGAUCCAAGCAAAGGAGUGGUUCACUUGAAGGACACAUGCAUGUUGCUGUUGUCCUUUGUUCUCACCUUUUUGGUAGUGUUAAUGGUCUAAAUGGAGCAGUUCUUGGAAAAUCUUGGGGGCUUUGUGAUUUGUGUGGAUGAGAUUUUGCAAAUACAGAAGAAGGGUGUUCAUGGAAGUUCAUCAGUUGGAAUCAUCCAGAAGCAGACCCCACUUUAGCCUCCUGUUUCUUGUUUUUGUUGUGUUCCUAAGAAAAAAAAAAGUUAGGGAAUUUGGUUCCUUUUCAGUGGUGAAUAUUUGAUAUGUGACUGCAAACGAGGUGGGACCUCUUCGGUUUCCUUUUGUAUAUUAUUAUAUCUAAUAUCUAUCAUCACUGAGAGAGCCACUAUUUUUUUCA